AUGUUGUUUACUUCACAAGAUGGAAGUUGUUGGAGCACAAAUGUUCUGUGGCAGGUUGCACUUGGUUGGGGGCAUGCUGUUGCAUUGACUGAGGAUGGAAAGUUGUUUGGUUGGGGUUAUUUUGCUGAUGGUAGGUUAGGAAGCAUUAAAGAAUUUUCGAAGACAUCUCAACUAGAAUCUACUUCGAGUAAUCAAGAACUGUCCAGUUCAUCUUUUGAAGCUGCUGAGAAGUUUACAGAUAUAUGCUUCUGCAGAUAUAGAUAUCUGCUCGAGGAUGUUUGUUCUAAUUGUAGAGUUGUUUCAGGUGAUGGGACACUACUGAGCUGUGGGAGCAACGUAUAUGGUCAUUUGGGAAGAGAAAAACAGGAUUUAGGAUUGCUUCCUGUUGAUAUAAGCUUCUGUCCAAUGUCUAUAGCAGCCGGGCUUGGCCAUUCAUUGGCAAUUUGCCAGGUUCCAUCGUCAGAUGUUAUAGGAGGAGCAGCUGGAAUUGAUACAUGGGGCUGGAACCAGACCUCUCAGCUCGGUAGGGGUGGACCAGAAAAUAUUCCAUUGGGAGUUGAAGGAUUGGAAGGGGAAACUCCCGUAUCAGUAUCAGGAGGUCGCGUGCAUUCCAUUGCUCUCACGUCUAAGAGAGAAGUUUGGGUUUGGGGUUCUGGUAAGAAUGGAAGGCUUGGGUUAGGAAGCUCGUAUGACGAACCUGAACCAAUUUUGCUGGACUCUGUAGAGGAUUGUAUCAGGAUUUGA